UCCAACAAGUGGUGCAGUGGCAGCAGCAGCCCAGGUCAGGGCCGGGGGGACGAUGGGCCGGACGGGCUGGACAAGGCCAUGGAUGGGGACGCGGAGGGGGUAUGGAGCCCAGACAUCGAACAGAGCUUCCAGGAGGCUCUGGCUAUCUACCCACCCUGUGGCCGCAGGAAGAUCAUCCUCUCAGAUGAGGGAAAGAUGUAUGGUCGUAAUGAGCUGAUAGCCAGAUACAUCAAGCUACGGACAGGGAAAACCCGCACACGCAAACAGGUGUCUAGUCACAUACAGGUGUUAGCUCGGAAGAAAGUGCGGGAAUACCAGGCAGGUCUAAAGGCCAUGAACUUGGAUCAGGUCUCUAAAGACAAAGCUCUUCAAAGCAUGGCUGCACUCUCGUCUGCUCAGAUCGUUUCAGCCAGUGUGAUGAAGAACCAACUUCCUCCCCUUCCCCAGUCACCAUAUCCUCCCUCAGCCAGGUUCUGGCCUGGUCCAAUCCCAGGGCAGCCCGGACCCUCCCAAGACAUCAAACCUUUUACACAAAACCCGUACUCAGGUUUACCAGCCCCAGUGCCAACACCCAUCUCCAGCUAUGAACCCCUACCCACCACCCUCCCCCCAAACACAGUGCCUGUGUGGCAGGACCGAACCAUUGCCUCCUCCAAACUACGGCUGCUGGAGUACUCAGCGUUCAUGGAGCUCCAGAGAGACCCGGAUACUUACAGUAAACAUCUGUUUGUACACAUCGGCCAGACAAACCCCUCUUACAGCGACCCGAUUUUGGAGGCGGUGGAUAUCAGACAGAUCUAUGAUAAGUUUCCGGACAAGAAGGGAGGACUAAAGGAGCUUUAUGAGAACGGCCCACAGAAUGCCUUCUUCCUAGUCAAGUUCUGGGCGGAUCUGAAUAGUGGAGGAGUUCAGGAUGGUCCCGGAUCAUUCUAUGGCGUGAGCAGUCAGUACAGCAGUACCGAGAAUAUGACCAUCUCUGUCUCCACCAAGGUCUGCUCCUUUGGCAAACAGGUGGUGGAGAAAGUGGAGACAGAAUACGGGCAUAUGGAGGGAGGUCGAUGUGUCUUUAGGAUCCAUCGCUCUCCCAUGUGUGAGUACAUGAUCAACUUUAUCCACAAACUCAAACACCUGCCAGAGAAAUACAUGAUGAACAGCGUCUUGGAGAACUUCACUAUCCUACAGGUUGUUACUAACAGGGACACGCAGGAGACAUUGUUGUGUAUUGCCUUUGUUUUUGAAGUUUCCAUGAGCGAGCAUGGGGCACAGUACCAUGUUUACCGACUGGUGAAGGACUGA